AUGGCAAACCGUGGCACUCCUUUAGGGCUUUUACUAUGGCAAAAGAUCCGCAGCUUCAACAUUCGAAGUAUCAUGGGCGUCCCUGGUGACAUGAACCUCGAAUUACUUGAUUACAUAGACGAAGUCAAAGACCUAAACUGGGUUGGAAAUGCGAACGAGCUCAAUGCCGCAUACGCUGCGGACGGAUAUUGUAGAGCUAGCGGAUCCCCCGGAGUUGUUGUAACUACGAUGGGGGUAGGAGAACUGAGUGCUCUCAAUGGCAUUGCCGGGGCGUAUACCGAACAGGUGAAAGUGAUACACAUUGUAGGAACAACGCCGAUGGCUGCUCACGAAAAACGCCUGAUGAUACACCACUGCUUGGGCCCUUCUCCGGAUCACAAGGUUUACGAGAAGAUAUCGCAGCACGUCCGAGCAGCUCAUUGUUGGCUGGACAAUCCAGCAACGGCGGCCAAGGAGAUCGAUAGAGUCGUGCAUGAAUGCUACGCACAGUCAUUACCAGUCUAUAUCUUUGUUCCUACGGACAUGGUUCAUCGACGAGUCCCUGCUCAGCCACCUUCUCAGAUCGAGCUGGCGCCUCUUACGGAUGAAUUCAGCAAAGACUCAGCAAUUUCCGCCACAUUGUCCUUGCUCUACCAAGCGAGAUCCCCAAUCGUGAUUGUUGAUGCAUUGACUGCACGGCAUCUUGGUCGCGACGUUGCUCGCAGACUCGUCGAAGUCUUGCAGUUUCCCACGUUUUCGACAUCUAUGGGGAAGAGCAUCAUCGACGAGACAAAGCCGUAUUUUUCGGGAAUUUACAACGGACGAGUAUCAAUUCCUGGGGUGUGUGAAGUGGUCGAACAGCAGAGCGAUCUCGUCCUCGACCUCGGGCCUCUGUUGGCGGACUCAAACACUGGCGGCCACACUCGAAGCAUCGCAGAACAUAAAUUGAUCGCAGUCCACCCACAUCACGUUUCGAUUGCGGGUGUUGUCUAUCGUAACAUUGGGCUCGUGUCAUUUUUGUCCGCUCUCCUGGAAACCAUUGAGCUACACAGACUGCCGCGCGUUGCAGCGCCCGGGAGAAUACCACUACCUCGGCCAAAAGACGCUGACUCGGAGUUGAUCACGCAAUCUUGGAUAUGGACGCGCUUCGGGGACUUUUGCCGUCCUGGAGACAUCCUCAUAGCAGAGUCUGGGACUGCCCAGUUUGGCCUGCCCGAUGCAAAUCUGCCGGAAGAUGUCACGUACUUGACACAGGUGUACUAUGGGAGCAUCGGGUACUCGGUACCAGCUUGCCUCGGAGCCGCUGUCGCCCUCCGUGAUCGAGAUCGCCAGGGAAGAGUGAUUCUAGUCGUUGGCGACGGGAGUCUGCAAUUGACAGUGCAGGAGAUCGGGACCAUGGUGAAGCUGGGCUUUCAGAACAUCAUCAUCGUGGUGAUCAACAACAAUGGCUAUACCAUCGAGAGAGCUAUACACGGGCCAGAACAAGCAUAUAACGAUAUAUCUGUGUGGAAUCACUCUGCCAUGCUCGAGUUCUUCGGAGCCGAAAACGGACGGGCUUGCACUCGUGCAGUUCGCACCAAGAAGGAAUUUGACGAAGUCGUCAGCCUCCCUGAGUAUCAGCGUCCGACUUCUAUUCAGGUGCUGGAAGUAUUCAUGGAAAAGAUGGAUUUGCCAUGGAGACUUGCAAGCCAGAUUGAAAUCAUCAACGCAAGGAACGCGCAGGCUCAGAAAACUUAG